CCCAUCCCGGAUUACUGGUUUUUGACAGUAAUUUUGCUGGAUACAGUCCAAGAAGAAGCGCAGAUAUAUAUAGUAAAAGCUGGUGUUCAACAAAGUAUCCAGUCAAUCAGUCGCUGGAUUGAAGAGAACCAACAUCAAGUAUGGCUCCACGUGCUAUGAUUCAAGCAGCUCUCCUAGGACUCCUAGUCGUGUCCACAGCAUUUGCUGACAAACUCACUAGCAAUGAGAAAACAGAAUCCGUUACUGUAAAAAGUUUUGGCGGAUCUGCUUCCGAAAAGGCCAGUUUCCCUUUCUCUAACCCAUCUGUAUUCUCAUUCGGAGCUAAGAGCUUUGGCCCAUCAACCCCAGCUCCAUUCACUUUCGACAGCUCAUUCUCAACCACCGCUGCACCUUUCAAGUCCGUUUCUUACAGCUCCACACCAGCUCCGUUCGCAUUCGGUAACUCUUUUGCAUCGAAUGCUUACUCCGGCGCCGCUGCAGCUCAAUCCUUUGACGCUGCUUCAUUCGUUGGAUCGUCCACACCAGCUCCCUUCUUCGAUGGAUCUUUCGGCUCAUCUACACCGGCAGCUUUUAUUGGAUCAUCUACCCCAGCACCUUUCUUGUCUGGUUCUGCUGUCUCUGGUGCCGCACUAUCCGACGCAAGCUUUGCGUAUUCUUCCACCCCCGCUUCAGUCUUAUUAGGCGGAGCUUCACCAGUUGUGUCAUCCACCCCAGAACCCGUCGUUUUGAACAGAUCACCAGCUUUCGCUACAUCAUACAGUUCAUACUACUCAGGAGCUUACGCCCCGUCGUACUCUCAAGGAGCAAUCGUCAAGUCUGACGCAAUUAGUCACGAUGCCGUUGUAGUACCAGCCGUCGCUAACGCCCCUGCACCUCAUCACGAAGUUACCAUCACUAAGGAAGUUCCAGUUCCUUACUACGUCCAAGUUGAAAAGCGAGUUCCAUACCCUGUUUUGGUCCGCGUUCCACACCCAUACCCGGUUACAGUAGAAAAACACGUGCCAUACGCCGUUAAAGUCAAUGUAGACCGUCCAAUCCACGUUCCACAACCAUACCCAGUCGAAAUUGAAAAGAGAGUGCCAUACCCAGUUGAAAAGCCAGUACCUUAUGAAGUGAAAGUCCCAGUCGACAGACCAUACCCAGUCCAUGUUCCAGUUGAGAAACCCGUCCCAUACGCAGUUGAAAAACCAGUGCCAUACCCAGUAAGAGUAAAUGUUGACAGACCAUACCCCGUGGAAAAACCAGUGCCAUACCCAGUCCCUGUUGAAAAACCAGUGCCAUACCCAGUAGAAAAGGCUGUGCCAUACCCAGUAGAAAAAUUGGUACCGUACGCAGUUGAAAAGAAGGUUCCAUACCCAGUCAGGUACGACGUUCCAGUCAAAGUACCAGUCCCAGUGGAAGUCAAGGUUCCAGUAUCCGUGGACAGACCAGUGCCAUACCCAGUAGAAAAGAGAGUGCCAUACCCAGUCCAAGUUCCAGUUGAAGUCAAGGUCCCAGUCCCAGUUGCAGCUCCAGCUCAACGUUUCGCUACAGUCCACUACUACCAACAAUCCCCCGUCGGUUUGGGAUACGAAUCCAGUCAAGUUUUUGCUGGUCAAGCUGGAUACAAAGCUUUUGCCGCACAAUCUAACGAUGGAGUACCUAACUUCUACUACAACACACCCGCAAACGCCGUUAUUCUUAACAACCAAAACUUGAAGACACCAGAACAAUUAGCUUUAACCGGCACCAAAGUCACAUACGGCGCAUCUGGAUUAGCUCCAGCUUUUGAUGGUGCAUCCGCGUAUGGUUUUGCUUCAGGAAUCGCUCCAGCUUCUGGAAGUUCAUUCUACAGUUCCACUCCAGCUUCUGCAAGUUCAUUCUACAGUUCCACUCCAGCUUCUGCAAGUUCAUUCUACAGUUCCACUCCAGCUUCUGCAAGUGCUUUGUUCAGCUCUACAGUUAGCCCAGUAACCUCAUACAGUACAACUGCCAGCCCAGCUGGACUUUUUGGCGCAAACUUCGUCCAAGACGGUUUCAGUAGUACAUCAGCUCCAUUCAGUUUCGGUGAACAAUCUUUCUUCGGAUCAUCAACACCUGCUCCAUUCAACUCUUUUUCCGCUGGAUCAGCUGAUGCAUCGGCUUUAUUCAAGUCAGCAAACUUUGGAUCCGUCGGUCAAGAAACAGUUGCCAUUGGAGGUGCAUCCGCCAAGGGCCAAGAAAAGGUAGAGUCAAAAACUGAAGACUCGAACGUUGUAAAGAAAUAGAUUUUCUAUAUUUCAAUUUAAAUUGAAAUGUGCACAUUCACGUUUUUAAAAAGCUACUGAAUAAUAGAAUUAUUUUCAAAUAUAUAUAUAAUAUAUAUAUUUUUUUUAAAUA